AUGAGAAUUCUUUGUCUUCGAUCUGUUUGGGGAAUUGACCCGGGCCAUCAUCUCAGUUACUGGGCCGGCUGGUUCCCCGAGCUCAAAGGCAAAGGAUACGAUGGCAUUGAGGUAAAAGUAAAUAUGCUAGAGCAAGAAGACGAUUAUGAGCGCUUAAGACAAAUUUGUGACCAACUUGAACUCGAGAUCAGCGUAUUGGCACAAACGAGUCCGGCCCCGUCAAUUGUCCCCCGCCAGCCUGGCUUAAACGCAGAAAAGCACUUGGCGAGAUAUCGCGAGAUAAUCCAACAAGUCAAGCCUCUAAGACCGCUUGUUAUUACAUUUCAGUCGGGGCAAGACGACUGGAAUAUUGAAGAGUCAAUCAAGUUCUAUGUGGGGACUAUCAAAAUUGAUAGAGAACUUGGUGUUUCGGGCUUCGUCUGUCAUGAGACGCAUCGAAGUCGGUCACUGUUUACCCCCUGGGUGACGCGAAUGAUCCUUGAGGCCGUCCCUGAACUCAGGCUAACUGCCGACUUUUCUCAUUGGAUGGUUGUAGGUGAAAGAUUGCUGGACGAUGGUGAAGGCGACCGCAUGACUAUGGAAGCUAUUGUCCCUCACGUCUCCCACAUACAUGCGAGGGUUGGAACAACUCAGGCUGCUCAAUGCCCAGCACCUACACAUCCAGACUUCAAGCAGGAGAGGCUCUGUUACGAACGACUGUGGAGAAGUAUUCUGAAAUAUCAGUUUGAGAAAAAUGGUCCCGAUGCAUUGAUUACAUUUGUUCCCGAAUACGGUCCUUUCCCUUACCAUCCUUUCGGAAGUAUAAAGGCCUAUGGAGAUGUAGCGGAUGAGGAAGCACAGCGCCUGCAAAGCGUAUUUAAUGAAUUUACAGCUACUCUUAUGUAG